AUGACGAGUUCGACUGACGGUGACGGGUUGGGAUCGAGCGGCGUGAGUAGCGUGGCCGCCGUGGCCGCCGCUGCCGCCUCCGCCGCAUCUUCGACCGGCGCCUGGCCCCACGGCAAGGAGAACUAUCGGCUCGACGACCCCGUCGGUAUCGGCGCCACGGCCACCGUUCACGGCGUGAGUUUCGAAAUCCCAGUUGAACAUAUUCAGUAGACGUGUAUGGAAACUUCUCGACUAGAUAGGCGACGGAGAUUAAAAAGAGCUGAGCGUUGCGUACGCGACGCGGCUUUUGGCGGGAAACUCGAUGUCAAACAACAUUCACUUGUCUUUAUGAUAGUUCGUCAUUUUUUUCAAAAGUUUUAAUGGUUCGCCAUCAGAAAUUGAGUUAGAUGAACAUAAGAAUGAUAGAUUCAUUUUACUUGGAAUUUUUUCUACAAUUUCAAUUGGCCUCGAAAUUUCAGAAAGCCGCGUCGCGUAUAAUUAAAAUCAAAAAUUCUGAUGUGAAAAUAUAGAAAAAAAGCUUUCAACUUUGAAAGUUCACUCAAAAAGUCUCAUGCUGCAGUUCCUAUAUUUUUUAAUGAUAAAUGUUGAGAGAAUUCUUAUAAAAUAAGCUUUUAAAAAUUUUCAGAAAACGGUCACGAACCUAUUUCAAUCUUCAAUGGUGAUAUGAGAUCUUUGACUUAAAAUUACAGUUCAUACGUUUGAAAUGUUCAAAAUGAUGAACGCGCUCCUAAUUUCAAUUGAAACUUGAAAUAAUCGAUAGAAGAAGAAAUGGCAGAAUCUUUUAUUAAUAAAGGCUUCUCAUGAAACUUUGUUAUCAUCCCUCUCUGUUUCUUUUGCGCCGUGAGAAAGUUUUUUUUUUGCAUUACAAAAAGAUAGUAUGUCGCUAAAGUGUGGGAGAAGGCGUGAGAAGUCAGACAAAGGCCAAGCACUUUUCAAAAUCUCACUUCCUGUUUCUAUGGAAGUCUUCAAAACAUACUCUAGUUUUCAAGAUAUCAAUAUUUGUGAUAUUACGAAACGAUAAAAAAUCUUUCUAGACUGUUCAAAAUUUUUUUCGGGCUUUCAAAGAAGCAGAGACAAACUUCAAUGAAAUUUUUAAGGUGAAAUUUUUGAAUUUUAUUUAUAUAUUUAUAUCUUUCAAGCUUUUUAUGCUCGAAAAACCUGAGAAAUGUUUUUCAUUAAAAUGAUUUCACUUUUUACCGAAAGAACAAUAACAUUAAUAUUUUUUCUCGUCUUAGAAGAAAUUUGUUGCCAUUUCAGGCUCUUUGUGUUCCGAGGAACGAAAGAUGUGCAAUAAAGUGUAUCAAUCUGGAGAAAUGCCAAACUUCUGUCGAUGAACUGAGUCAUGAGAUUCAGGUAUGGGUAUUCGGUGGUAUGAAAAAAAGACCAGCGAAAAUUCAAACGGCGACUUUUCCGUUUUUUUCGUAUUGCUAGGGAACUUUCCGACGGCCACCUUUCCGACAAAACUUUUCCGACUUUUUUCCCUCAUAGUUUUCAAUUUUUAAAACAUCUAUAAACAUUUUUUUUCCCAUUUUUUUUGUGUUUUAAUCAUGAACCAACCACCUACUUUAUAUAGGAAGAUUUAAAACGAAGAGUUCAUCGAGAAAAAACGUCGGAAAAAGAUUCGUCGGAAAGUUCCCUAGCGAUAUGAAAAAAUCGGAAAAGUUGUCGUUUGAAUUUUCGCUGGUGUUUUUUUUCAUACCACCGGGUAUUCAGUCAGAGAAGAUUCCUUUUUUUGUGAUUCAGGCGAUGUCGCAGUGUUCUCAUCCGAACGUCGUCAGUUAUUACACGUCUUUCGUGGUCAACGAAGAACUGUGGGUAGUGAUGCGACUUCUGAACUGCGGCUCGAUGCUCGACAUCCUCAAGAGGAAAGUCAAGGUUCUUGGGAGUCUUCGGCAGGACCUUAAGGGAGUAUUCUCAGGCGAUCGGCAAGGAACAGGCCAUGUUCGGCGUCCUCGACGAGGUUUCCAUCGCGACGGUUCUCCGCGAGGUCCUCAAAGGCCUCGAUUAUUUCCACAGCAGCGGCCAGAUUCAUCGAGAUAUCAAGGUCCAAUGAUUUCCGUCUUUUGAAUUUUUGUUUGUCGUCUUUUUUCGGAUGAAGAUCUGAAAUUUUAGAGGUCUUGUUUUGUCUUUUUAAGACCGUCUUCAAGGUGAUUUCCGCGAAAUUCAAAAAACCCCUGACUCUACAGAGUUUAAUUAUCUUUUUCUUUCUCUGAUGGCUUUUUGAAUUUCACGGAGUCAUUUCGAACAACGCAUGAAAAUAAUACAUGUCUUACUAGCUUACUAAGAAGAUAUUUCUUCAAAAAAAUUUCAUUUGUUGUUCAUGCGAAAAGUCGCAAAGGCUAUGAAUAGUUGAAAUUUCACGCACAAUUUCCAUCAAUUUAUAUUUUUCUGAUACUUAGCUGUUUUUUUUAGGUUUUGUGACAUGAGUUUUGAAAAUGCUUCUAUAAAAUUCUUGCCCUCUCUUUUUUUGAUCCAACUUUCUUUCAGUUUAAGACAGUCCCUGAUUUUUCAAACAAGUUUAAAAUACACGUUAGUCUUGGUAAGAUUGGAGAGUACGGUUAUAGGCUGGAAACAUUCUGUUGGCUGACGACGGGACGAUCCAAAUAGCCGACUUCGGAGUCUCUGGAUGGCUGGCGUCUUCUGGCGGCGACCUCUCUCGCCAGGUUUUUUUUCUUUUCCUCCGCAUGUUUAACUGAUUUUUCCAUUGUUAAGAGAGUCCGACAUACAUUCGUAGGAACACCUUGCUGGUAAGAAUUCCUUGCCUUUUUCGCUUCUUUCAAUAAGAUUUCGGUUUUUAGGAUGGCGCCCGAGGUGAUGGAGCAGGUCCAGGGCUACGACUUCAAGGCCGACAUCUGGAGUCUCGGAAUUUUGGCCAUAGAAUUGGCCACCGGCACUGCUCCGUACCACAAGUAUCCCCCGAUGAAGGUUGAUUUUUGGUUGAAGUCGCGAUUGGGAUGAGCGAAAGCUAGGUGCCAUCUUGUUUUCGGUGUUUAAUCGCGUUUUGUUCGAUUUUGAUUGUCUAUAUGCACCGAUUUGUUAGAAUAGGCUGAAAUUUCAGAACUUUAACGCUUUUAAGACGGAAUGAGAGUUUUAUUCCUAUUUUUCAUUCAUAAAACAUUUCAAAAUUGAAACUUUUGAAAAAAUUCGAGUUGCUAGUAAUGGGAAGAGGUCUGUAAAAUUUGAUUUUCAAGAAUUAAACUGCGAUCGGAUAACAUGAAAGUUCUGGAAAAAACUUUUUUUUUGUGAGCGAACUUUUUGGCGCUUCUUCGAGCACUUUUAGAAGUUCGAAUUUAUUUUUCUUUUUUGUUGAACACGUUGAAGCAGUCUUCAGGUCUUGAUGCUGACCCUCCAGAACGAUCCGCCAAACUUGGAAACUAAUGCUGAACGAAAAGAUCAGUACAAAGCGUAUGGAAAAUCUUUCAGAACACUUAUUCGCGAUUGUCUACAAGUUUGAAUCAAUUUCUAUCUGAAGUUCUCUCAAAGACUGAAAUUCCAGAAAGAUCCAGUGAAAAGGCCGACGGCUGCCGAACUUCUCAAGUAUUCCUUCUUCAAGAAGGCCAAAGACAAGAAGUAUCUCGUCCACACGUUGAUCGAGAAUCUCGCCUCGGUCCCCGUCAUCAGCCAUCAUAGCACCAAAAAGGUAUUUAAUGCUGGAAACUUCGAUUUCCAUUACUUCAUCUCUCUGUUGCAAAGAUAAACCUAUUGAUUAACUUUUCUCUAGGAAAAUUAAAACUGAAGAAAAUGCUUUCCAACUUUUUAAAUAUCUUUUUUCUUCCCCCUGCCUUGUUGAUUACUUUCAAUUUUGCUUUUCUGUUCAUUUCUGUUUUAUUCAUAGCUUGGAAAGUCCAUUUUUCGUACUAUUAUUUCUUCCCAAAAAAUUUAAUCAUUUUUUUUUUGUUUCUUACGAUAAAUAAGAUCCCAAACGUUCCCACAAAAGUUCGUCCCAAGAAUGAAUUGCCUGCGAAAUAAAGUAGAACUAUGAAUGGUCGGUUCAUAAAAAGGACACGGUUUUGUCAUUUUCUUAUCGAAUUCAUUAGAAACUCUUCAAAAGGAGUGAAGUUUUGCUCGAAAAUUCCGCUUUGAACUGGAAGUUUUCAGGUUGCCUCAGGGAAACUGCGGAAAGACAAAGACGGAAACUGGGAGUUUGAGUACGACUCCCCCGCAGGAACCGACAGCAGCGACGAGGACGAGGACAAGCCAGAAAGACCCCGCAAAUCCGACGCCGAUAGCUCCGGAAACGACUCCGGAAUCAACCAGGGCGAGACUCUCAACUUGGUAUCGCUUUCGUUUUUUCUUCUUUUCAUGUGUUUUUUGUGUUGAUUUUCGCUCAAAUAACCAUUAUCGAGAGUUAACUUAAUUCAAGAAAAAGGGUUUUUAAAAGAGUAUUCUCGAAAUAAAUGAAGGAAAUAGUUAUUCAAAACGUUUUCAGGUGCUCCGUGUGAGAAAUCAACAGCGCGAACUUAACGAUAUCAAGUUUGACUACACGAAAUCGGCAGACACUGGUUAUUUUUCUUAUUUUUCAGAACUUUAAAAGAUUUUUUCUGUUUCGCAGUUUGCUUUGAAGAGACUUUUAAGACUUUAUUUGCUGGAAUUUUUUUUUUCUGUAAUUAAGAGAUUUUUCUUUCUGAAACUGUUUGAUCGGUUGAUUAUCAAGUUCUUUUUUUCUUAUAAAAACUCUUCUACUUCAUAAAUCUUUCUGAUGGUUUCAAAGUGUCUUCACUAUGUAGAGUAUUCUAAUUUCGGUUCAGAAACGUAGCUUGCCAGUGCAAAUUCGUGAAGUUAUUAGAAAGCGAAACAUAAAAGUAGAAAACGCGCUCGUGUCCUAGCACCGUGUUGGGAGAAACUGUCUCAUUUAAUAGUUGAUGUGUGAAAAAUUGUUCGUGUUCAGUCGACGGAAUCGCACACGAACUGGUGACGGCGGAGCUGAUCGACUGUCACGACCUCGUGAUCGUGGCGGCCAACCUGCAGAAGUUGAUCGCGUUCGCCGAGGCGAAAAGCGACAAACGCUCCAUAACGUUUGCCCUCAACUCGGGCGUCGCUCCCAAUGAGGCCAGAUUUGUUUCCUCUUUAAGAAAACUGUCCUUUUCCCUCUUUCAAUAUUUUGCUGUCGAAGUCGAUAACUUUCAGGAACAUCAUCAAAAACUUAAAGACAACUGUUUUUUUUUCAAUUUAGAAGGUUGUAACUCAUUCAACGCAAGCUCAUCUGAAAAUUCAACUAUCAGCGGAAUUUCGAAAAAUCUGUAAAGUUUAAUUAUAAUGAGUUCGCAGCUUAAAAUUUAUUAUCGCGAAUAAAUUUUUUUUUCUUUUCAGAUUCCUGACGAGCGGACGUUAACAGGAUUCGCCCAAAUUUCGCUGCUUGACUGA